AUGCUGAGGUUGACAAAAGGGUGCUUGCUAUGCAUUCAUUUGGCCGUGGCUCAGAUCCAGCAAUCUGUAUGUUUCGGCAUCCAAAAUACGGUACCUAGAGCAAAGCGGGUCACUCGACCUGCUGAUGGUGUUAUCAAGCUGAAGACAAUAAGCGAAAGUUCUGAGAAGUCAAAAACAAACACAAGGACAACGACGAUACGAAAGAGAGCAUUCAUCAAGAAAUUGGAGCUGGCAGGACAGUGCACACUGGGUGGACUUCAGUUUUUACAGGAUAAAGCUCACGAAGAGCUGAUAAAACGGUUGAAAGUGGUAGUUCCAGAACUAAAUGUCAAUUGUGAGGACAUCUAUUACUGUUGGUGGUAA